AAACAUAAUCGCAAUAGGCACCUACUGUGUUCCGGGCACAGUGCAGGAUGUUGGGAACUUUGCAGAAGCCAGACUGACCCGGCCUGACGACCUAGAGGAAUUAGGUUUACAGAUGAGGAAACCAAGGCUUCGACUGUUUGCACCCACUUGCCCAAGCUCAUUCCGGGGUAGAACUGCCUCCAAAUGAAGAUUCUGCAACCAUCCCCGGGUCGCGCCGCGAACAGCUGGGCAGUAGGGCUAUAACUGCAAUUCCCGUGGGGCUGUGCGGCAGCGUCGCGAGAGUUGGCUUAAAUGAGGCGGCGGGAAGGCGGCUGCUGUUGCUACCCAGCGGUUGGAAGGGCGGUCGGCGGAGGCGAUGGCGGACGGCUACAGCCCCGACCAAGAGCCCACCACGCGCACGCUGCUGCGGCGCGUGCUGGAUACAGCAGACCCACGCACCCCGCGGCGACCCCGAAGUGUUCGGGCUGGUGCCCAGAGGGCCCCGCUUGAAACACCUUCUUCUAGGAGGCUAAGCAGACAAACAAAGACAACUGCCCGACGGUGUUCCCAUAGAAUCAGGUCUAUUGGCAGAUUGGUUCCAGUUCAAGCCAGUGGGCCCCUGGAGGAACAGACACCCCGGACUCUGCUAAACAACAUUCUACUGACUGCCCCAGAAUCUUCCAUCGUGAUGCCAGAGUCAGUGGUGAAGCCAGUGCCAGCACCACAGGUGGCUCAGCCCUCCAGACAGGAAAGCAGUCGGAGCAGCCUGGAGCUGCAACUUCCUGAACUUGAGCCCCCCACAACCAUGGCUCCAGGUCUUCUGGUUCCUGGCAGAAGGAGGCAGAGGCUGAGACUGUCAGGGUUUCAGCAAGGAAUGGAUCAGGGGCUGCCUCUCUCUCAAGAGCCUCAUGGGUAUGUUGAUGCCUCCUCCCUCACUAGUUCCCUCAACCUGACCUUUGCCACACCUCUCCAGCCACAGUCAGUGCAGAGGCCUGGUUUGGCCCGCAGACCUCCCACCCGCCGAGCUGUAGAUGUGGGUGCAUUUUUGCAGGAUCUGCGAGAUGCUUCUUUGGCCUUGGCUCCUCCAGGUGACAGCACCAGAACUCCAGUUGCUACCCUGCCAACGGACACCGUGCUGGAGGACACCCAGCCCUUCUCCCAGCCCUUGGUUGGCCGUUCCCCCAGUGUGCACCACUCUCUGCCCUGCCCCUCUCACACCGGGGUUAAAGAUGCUAGGAGAGCUGUCAGUCGCAGGACACGGAGCAGUGAGCCUGGGCUGCAGAAUAACAGUCCUGGGAAACCAGCCCAGCUUCUGACAGGAAAGGCAGAGAAGGCUGAUGCUUUUGAUAUGGGCUCCCCAAUCCCUGCCAGCAGUAGUAUCUCUAGAGAUGUAGAGCCCUUACAGGAUGGAGUUGGUAAGGAAAUCGAGGAAAGGAUGGAAGAAAGCUUGGGUGUGAGCCAAGCAAAGGAGGCAACAAGAGUACAAGGAUCUGCCAGAGCAGAAGAGCCUGAGGGAUACACAGAGGUGACAGAAGCAGAGGGAUCCUGGGGGGCUGUUGAGGCCAAGGAGCCAAAAGGAUCUUCAGGAGAUGAGGUCACCUCUGGUAGGACAGCAUGUCCAGAGUUGGCUUCCAGCACCCCCGAGUUUCUUCAGGCCAGGCAACUUCAGUUUCCUGAGCCAGCCCCACCACCGAGCACUGCAGUCUUAUCUUCAGAGCCCCUGGAGCCUGUGUUGGUCAGGCUUCCUCCCAGGGCCCGAACCCCUGGCCCCAGGCCCCGUCAAGAUCCUUACAAGACUGGACUGAGCCACUAUAUGAAACUCCUUAGCUUCUAUGCUAAAAUGCCAAUGGAGAAGAAAGCCCUUGAGAUGGCAGAGAAGUGCCUGGACAAGUAUUUCCAGCAUCUUUGUGAUGACCUAGAGGUAUUUGCUGCUCAUGCUGGCCGUAAGACUGUGAGGCCAGAGGACCUGGAGUUGCUGAUGCGACGGCAGGGCUUGGUCACCGACCAAGUCUCCCUGCACGUGCUUGUGGAGCGGCACCUGCCCCUGGACUACCGACAGCUGCUCAUCCCUUGUGCAUUCAGUGGCAAUUCUGUCUUCCCUGCUCAGUAGUGUCCAGGCCUCAACACCUUGCCUGUCCCCACAUAUUCUUCCAGGGAGGGAAGCAUUGACUGACUUGCUGUUUCUCUGAGUGGUAGGGACAGAGCUGACCUAUGCUGAGGACAAAGGGUAGCGGCUCUGGCCCAA